GUACCCACCCACUGAUUGGCUCAUUCAAAAAAAGCUAGUGCCCUACCUCGCCAUUUAAAUGUACAAGAAGGGGUUAUUUUACUUUCAAGUGCUGGGACGCAGGUGAUAAGAAGUCAGCUUGUCCCAUUGACUCAGUUGACUUUUAAAGGUUUGACAUUUGAGGGGAGGGAAAAAAAACAACCAAAAACUAAGGAUGGGAGCCAGUGAGAGUAAGAUUGCUGACAGAGCUUCUACCAAACCAGAAGUGCCUGUCAUGAACUCUAGGGUCGCCCAACUCAUUGAUCCACGCUCCCCAUCGGUAACCAUUGAUCGCACACCCAUUCAGGUUGGCUCAGGUGAAGCGAAGAGUGAGUGUCUUUUGGUGGGAGGUGAUCCCCGCUCGCCCACCGUGGGAAUUGCCCGAACGCCUGUCCGAGAAGUCAUGAGAGCCAAAGUGGACACCCUCGCUCGUCGUCUGGGGAUGUUAUUCCACAUCGAAGCCGAGGGCAAAGUCCCUAGAAAUGGAGACGCUGCACAAGAGGAUCAGGAUGUCCUUAAGAGCGAGGAACUGGAUUCCACAGAGCCUCUCCUUACUCCUCAGAGACCACGCGUCUUCGGCUCCUUAGCUGAGCAUGCCAACCUCGCGGCCAUGCCCAUCCAGAGUGGGGGCAGUUCUUUCAGCCCCUUCGUGCUGCUGGAGGAGCCCCAGGUGGAGGUAGAGAUCGAAGCAGACACCGUGAGCCUGGAGGAGGCUGAGGAAGCCCGGGAAUCUCCGCUCCAUAAGAGGUUGAGCAUGAGCCUUAUCACUUGCCACGAGGGAGCGUCCCCCUCCCAAAUUCUCGCGGAGGUGCACCAGGAUGGAAGUGGCGCUUCCGAAUUGGAGGUGCUCACCUACGGAUUGGACCACCUCUACGCCCUGCCCGCCAUCGCACUCGAGCCCAAUCGGGACUCCUUGGACCACCCUGCGCAACCGCAGAAAGAAGCCGAAGAAGUCUCCAAGGUGGCUCCCGAGGCACCCGGCUCACAGCUUCCCACCGGCCCCCGCCGCCUCACCCUGGACAUCAAGAGUCCGAGUCAAGUGGUGUUCAAGCCACAGUGGCUGGGAAAAGGCUUCGGGGCCACUGGGCUCAGAGCCAGAGCGGUGCAAGGUGCAAAAGGGGGUUCCUCCCCUCUUGCUGUGUCUGUGGCAUUUAAGAGCGUCAACAAUGAAAACAAGGGGACCUGUGGGAAACAAAAGCAGAAAGAAGGCCGCUCCCCACUGCAGAUCCUCAAGGAGACCAACUCGGCCAGGGGACAGCCUCCGAUGAAGCUGAAGGGUUCCACCCCAGAAAAGCCUCGGCUCGGCCAGAUGGACCGCAGACUUCUGGCCGUGUCUCUGAACAAGGAGAAUCGAUAAUGUUGUGCAAAAAACAAUUUGUCCAUAUUUUCAUACCGCUUUUUAAAAAUGUCUGUUUUUAUGUGUAGAGUUUUCCAAAAUUUACUUUUUGUUUGUUGUUCUCCCUUUUACUACCAUGUUCAGUUUUUCUUACCCUGUUAUGUCCUUUCUGUCAUUUAGCAAUAAAAGUAUUUGUCACCAAACAAA